AUGAAAGCACAAUUGAAUAAAAAUAAGAAAAAUGGUUGUGGGUCUUUUGUCCGUGGGUCUUCUGUCUGUGGGUUUUCUGUCCUUGGGUCUUCUGUCUGUGGGUCUUCUGCGUCGACACGCUUUAAUAUUUAUAGUUUUCGUCCUGGGUUUAUGGCACAACCACAACAAGCUUCUCUUGUUACUUUGCAACCAGCACCUCAACAGGCAACAAUAACUCAAAUAAAUCAGCAACAACAAACUUCUCCUGAACUUAUUGCUCAUUCUGGUGGGCCUUAUGUAAAUUAUGGGUCUUCUACUCCUAUGCAACAGCAACAAAUUAAUCCAAUAUCAUCACCGGUUACUCUUGUCACUACAACAGAUCAAAUUCCCGUUACUGCGGUAGCUUCUUCAGCCACUUCUUUUGUUGUUCCAGCCCAACCAGCUACUAUUAUUGCUGCUGCUCCAGUCACCCAAUUUUCUCCUCAAAAUGCAAUUUUUACAGCUCCAGCAGUUUUGCCUUAUAUUCCAAUUGUUGAUGAAUUUAAACUCAGGGAGUUGCUUCGUACUCAAAUUGAAUAUUAUUUCUCUUCUGAUAAUCUUCAAAAAGAUUUCUUUUUACGCCGUAAAAUGGAUGCAGAAGGUUUUUUGCCAUUAGAAUUAAUUGCUAGUUUUCCACGUGUUCGUUCACUUACAUAUGAUCAAUCUUUUAUUGUAAAGUGUUUACGUGGAAGUUUAAAAGUUGAAUUGAGCGUGGAUGAAUUGAAGAUUCGUCCUCGUGCAAAUCCUCACCAAUGGCCAUUGUUUGAAUCUGGAGCACAAUCUGGAACGGAAGCAUCGCCUGGUGGAGAUUAUGAUAAACGUCCAGAAUCUUUUGAUAAUGAAAUGCAAAAGGUUGAAAAUUUAAUUUUGGAAGAAGAAAAUAAUGCUAUAAGAAUGGAAAAGGAACAAGAAAUGGAAGAACAGGCCAAAGUUGAUGAGAAAGAAAGGAAGGAUGCUGCUCUUCUUCAAGUAAAUGAGAAGAAAAAUGAAGAAAAAAUAAAAGGGGAAGAAGAAGAAAAUUUAAAAACUUGUAAAUCUUUUGAUAAUGAAGAAAUGAAAGGUAAUAAAAAGAAAAUUGAUAUUGUGGAAAAGCCUGUUAAGGAAGAAGAUGUGAAAAUUGGUGGUGGAAAUGUGAAGGGAGGAAUUGAGAAGGAGGGUAUUGAAAAGAAGGAUGGGGAUACAACUGAAGCAAAGAGUUGUGUCAAACAACAACCACAAUUAACAGAUUCUAUUAAAACUUCUAGUCAUUUACCACCAAAUUCUGAUAAAAAUAUUAAUUUAACCAAAGAAGAAAAAGUUUUGUCAGAAAAAGAAAAUUUAGAAAAGGGAACGGAAUUUGAAGAAGACGAGGAAGAAGAAAAAUCAAAAGAUGGAGAUGGGGAAGAUGAAUCAGAAAGAAAUGAGGGGGAUGAUGAUUGGAUGGAAGUUAAAACAAAAAGAAAUAAAAGAAAAAAUCGUCCAACAAAUUUAAAUGGAGGAGGAGGAUGUGGAGGGAGACAACAACAACAAACAAAUAAUAAUUUGGGAACAAAUUCUGAACAAUUGGAUUUUAAAUUUGAUUCAGAAUUGGAUAAUGGUGGAGUAAAAGAAGUAGAUGAUUUGGAUGAUAAUUUGUGUAAUAAACUUAUAAUUGUUACUCAAACACCUCCACAAUAUAAAAGAAAAAUGUCUAAUAAAGAAAUUGAACAUAUUUUGAAGAAAGUUGAAGAGGAUCUGUGGGCUAAUAAAGCUAAAAAUGAUGCAAUUAGCAAUAAGCAUAAUGAGCAGAAUGAGAAAAAGGAGAUUAUUAAAAAUCCUAAUGCAAAUGUUUGGGUAAAAAAGGCAACUGAAAGAAUGGCUGCUAGUGCUUCUGUUCCUAAAAGUCCUCUCGCUGGAAGGCCUAAUGCUGAUAGAAUUUCACGUUUUUAUCCGGGCAUUUCUGUUGGUUGGGUACUUGGUGUUCGAUCUCGAACAACUUCAAGAAGUGAUGAAAAUGCAGCAGAUAUAAAGGAAAAUACUGGAAUACCAGCAUCUGCUUCUAAUUUUUUGAUGGUUCAUCCAUCUGUUUCUUUAUUACAAGAGAAUGGAUUUGAACAGCAGAUUUAUAGUGCUUGGAGAAGUCAAUGUAAAAAACAAAGAGAAGCCUUAGGUUAUGAUAAUCCUGAGAUGCAAACUCUUUAUCGUUUCUGGACACACUUUUUACGUGAAAAUUUUAAUCGUUCAAUGUAUAACGAAUUUCGUAAAUUUGCUUUGGAUGAUGCGGAACAUGGGAUUCGCUAUGGAAUAGAUGCUUUAUUCCGUUUUUAUAGUUAUGGACUGGAAAAAAAGAUGCGUCCACAACUUUAUAAUGAUUUUCAGGACGUUACUCUACAAGAUAUUAAAUUGGGUAGAACUGUUGGUCUUCAAAAAUUUUUGCAUUUUAUUAAACACUGCAAAUACAGCAAUCAGUUGGCUAUUAAUCCUAUAAUUGCAAGGGAAUUGGCUAAAUUGCGAAAUGAUGAUCUUUAUAUAACUGAGCCUGCCCGUGCAGCAAAACGCGAACUUUUUGCAGAAACAAAUAAAGGUGCUAUGAGAAGAGGUGGAGGCGGGGAUGGAGGUGGUGGAGGAGGAGGUUCAAUAUCCUCUUUACCAGGAAAGUAG